CGCCAUGGAGCCCUGCGCCCCCGACGCCCUGCCGAGCAGGCAGAUGCCCAGCAGCCCAGCCCAGCAGGAGGACCAUUCCUGGGCCCGCGCCCUCCGCCGCCGCCUGGCUACCCAGAUCCAGGAGGCUGGGCAUGCGGAGCCCAAGGAUGUGGACGCGCUUGUGGCGGAGCUGACCGCCGUCUUCCGCACGGUCCUGGAGAGAAGCAGUCGCCGGGCCUGGCUGCGCAUGAUGGAGGCGCUGCGGCUGAUCGCCCCCUUCCAGCAGCUGCUGUCAAGGCGGGCAGAGCUGGCCCCCUACUUGGAGGGCCUCUAUUUCCAGUUCCGCAGCAGCCAGGCCGUGGUUUCUGACCUAGAUAUUCUGGGGUCCAUCUGGCGGGCCUUCCCCACGGACUGUGCUGUGUUGUGGGCUGACCCACGAGAAUUUUGCCCCCGAGAGCCUAAGGAAAUAGCCAAGCAGCUGCCCUCCAGCAGAGAGCCAGUCUUUCUGGGCCAAUCCUGCCCUUUUGCGAUGGAAUGGGUAGCGGCUGGGGCCUCUGGCAUGCUGCAGCCAGAUCCCGUGUCCCUCCAGGAGCUGCAGAGAUGCGUGGGGCAAGUCGGCAGGGAGGUGGCUCAAGAGGAGACCCCCCGACCCGGCAGCCUUGGCCUCAUGCCUCUAACUCUAGCUGCAGAUGUGCCAACAGAAUUCCCCUGUGCUAUUCCAAGCCGGGCUGCAGGGCCCUCCCUAGAGCCACGCAAAGAAAGCCCAGGACCGCCUGCAGUGCCCAAGAAGAGAGCUGGGGCAGCAGGAGACAGAGGAGGAGAAAUGGUGACGAGUCUUGAGGCAGCUGCGCUCUUUGCAAGGAAGCGCCAUUUGGGGAAAAUAAGUUUCAUUUACUUCAACGUUGCCCAGAACCGGCACUUCAGGCCUUAUGACCUGGUGGCUGUUCCCAAGCGUCUGGUCAACCCUCAGCACUACAUUUUCUCCCCUUUUGGGGUGCUGCAUGUGCACCCUGAAGAAGGGUCGGAGGCCUUUUCCCUGGGCGAAUUGCACCGCCAGGCCGUGCUGUGGCAGCUGUUGCAGUACAUCCCCUUCUUCCGGCUUUUCUUGGUCCGCAAAGCCUUUGUCCGUUGGUUCGUCAAUGUCAAGCACUUGCAUUACCUGAAGUGCCGGGAGAAGCUGAGCUUGCAGCUCCUCCACUCGGUGCCCCACUUUGGACUUGCUCUUCUUCACAUCUCCAGGCUGCUGCUGCAACUGCACUCCAUCCACUGGCUGCCCAGAAGCAGAGUCAAGUGCUACACCUUCUCCGAUCUCAAGCGCGCCCUGGCCCAGGAGAACAGAAAUGCCCAAGGAUUGCUCAGCAAAUUCCUCCAGCUCUGCUCCUCUGUCUUGCAGUGGGUCCGGGACGACACAUACAGGAUGGUCCGUGGGCUACAGCAGCAGGUGCAGAGCUACAAGCUGUACAUCACCAAGGCUUCCCUGUACAAGCAGCGCAUCGACUUUGAGAAGCUGCAGCACCGCCUGCAGAUCGCCGAACACUGGCUGCAGAGGCUGGGCUUCCUGGCCCUGCUGGUGAACCUCCUCCUCUGCCAGAACCUGGUCUCUGCGAUGCAAGAGGAAGUCAGAGCAUUUAUCUAUGACACCAUGAAGGCCGAUGGCAUCAAGCGGAAAGCGGUCCUCCAGGUGCACCUGGUGUUUGGCGCCGAGAGGCAGCUCGUCCUCUUCCCCUCCCACAAGGAGCUGGAGGACUGCCUGCUGGGGGCUGUCAAUACGGUCCUGGAGUCCGUCCUGCAGACGACCCGGGUCAAAAGUGAGGGGUCAGCGCCUCCGGAGAACCCUCAGAGCACCACAGCUGAAGCUGAGCACCAUGCAGCCAAGCCGAGUGCUGCAGAUGUGAGCAGUGGGAGCGCCAUUCCUCAGCAGGGCUCCCUGGAGCCCCUCAUUCAGCCCAAGCGGCUGUCGACAGCAGAGCUCUGCGGUGAGAAGCCCCAGCUGGUAUAUCAGAUGGACGUGAAGGUAUAUGGUGGCCUGGAGGUCAUUGGCCACCGGUUGAAGGGCAUGUACCCCUUGCUGUCACGGGAGCAACUGGAGAAGGACCUGAGGUCAGACCGCAUCAUCCAGGAGGCUACGGAGCAGCUGCGUGCCCUGCUCACGAUGGCCCUGACCGAGACGGAACUGCUGUGCCGACAGUACACCUGGCUGUGCGAGAUCUACAACUUUGUGCACAGCUGGAGCCCUAGCCAGCUGGAAAGCAUGAAGAGCUGGCCGGCCGAGGAGUAUGUGAACCGCAUCCUCAAGCUGCGCACGUGGGUGGCUGAGGUCCAGAAGGUGCCCCGUGUGGUCAUCACACACAACCUCCUUCUCUUAGUGGACUGCAGCGGCAUUCAUCAGGACCUCCUGCCUCUGCUGGCCUCCAUCAAUGAGGACAUCCUGUCCUUGCUGCUGAGCGAGACUGCGCAGCGGAGCGAGAAGCUAAUUGCUGAGCUGUCUGGCGUCCUGCAACUCUACAUGAAUGUUGGCACCGACAUCUUCACCAUUGCCAAGUGCUCCCAGAAGCUGGAGCAGUACCAGGGGCAGAUGGCAGAGCUGCAGGAAUAUGUGGACUACGUGCGAGCCCUCAAUGAGGUCAUCCAGCAAUGCUUCCGCCCUCUUACGCCCAGCGAAGAGAGCCUGGAGAACUCGCUCCUAGACACCUGGGAUGCCUUUGCGUACCAGCAGCGGGAGGUCUCGGACUUCAUUUUCUCACGGCGCCUUAGCAUCAUCGCUGAGCUCAGUAGCUCCCUCCGGAAAGCGACCCUGGAGCUGCAGGAGCUGCUGACUGUCGUGACAAUGGGGCGUUUCCAGGACCCCUCCCAGAACCCCCGGGCCAUGGAAGAGGAGCUGCGCACUCUCUGCCAGUCCUUCCAGGCCACGGUGUUGCGCAUCACUGAUCUCUGCCGUUCCCAGCGGAUCCUGACAGGGGAUUGCAUGGACGUCACAUUCAUCACUGGGAAGCAGGGGGUCAUCGAGAUCCACACUCGCAUCUGGCAGCUUUUCCGCAUCAUCACUGAGCAGAUCACUGAGUGGAAGUGUCUGGCAUUUGUCAAGUUCAACACCGGUUUGGCCAUGGAGAAGACCGAAGAGUGGCAAAAGGAGGUGAUCAGCCUGGAGCACUGCCUGCCCAGCCCAAACCAGGUGCUGCAAGCCUGCCUGCGUGCCAUUGCCAACUUGCAGAAGUACCUCCCUAUCCUCCUGAAACUGGGCAGCCACUUUCUCAAGCUCAGCUGCUGGAAGGAGAUAUUUGCUGGGAUGGGCGUCAAGUGCCCCCUCAACAUGCAGUUCACACUGGGGCAGCUCCUUUCCUACCCGCUCCUGGAGCACAGUGACUCCAUCUUCAGGGUCUAUGCUUUGGAGAAGAGCCGCCAUUACGCCAGGGACACCCUUUUCCGCCUGGAGAGGUCCUGGGCCGAGAAGCAGUUCCGCCUCGUCAAUUUCAUCCUCAACGUUCCCCACAAGGAGCCGCAGCCUGAGCGCUUUCGCCGGCCGGCUGCUGCACGGCACCGCCAACCCAAGCUGGAAUACAUCUCUAAGGACAGUGGCACUUACGUUUUGUCAGAUACUGCAGAGCUGAAGGCAACGGUGGAGCACAGCCUCUUGACUCUCCAGAACAUCAUCCUCUCCCCGUUCUCCUCCGACAUCCUGCUGGAGGCUGAGAGCUGGGCGUCCAUCCUGCGUUCCUUUGAAUCCCUGCUCGAGGCCUGGGUCAAUUUCCAGCAGAAAUGGGUCUUCUUGAACAUUGUUCUCUACGAAAUGGACAUCAGUCUCCCCAGCUCUGAGCUGGAGUCGCGGUUCCAGCGGGUGGACAGCCACUUCCGAGAGUUCAUACAGGUGACCUGCAAUGACCCGCUGGUGCUGUCCAGUGUGAGGCCCCCCUGUGGCUCCUGCCGCGAGAGCCGCUUUGUCGGGGGUGCCUUGCAAGAAGCCUUUGUGGACGGCUCCAGAGACCUGCAGGUCAUCAUCCGGGCCCUGGACUACGUGCUGGAGGGCACGCGCAUGGGCUUUCCCCGCCUCUUCUUCCUCAGCAAUGAGGAGCUGAUCAGCCUGCUGGCCACAGCCUCUGAGCCAGCAGAGGCCUCAGUCUGGGCCCAGCGUUGUUUCCCCGGAGUGCGCCAGCUGGCGCUCAUCGUGCCCUCCGCUACCCACAAGCGUGGCGCCUUGUCAGCCGAGCUGCCGGUGGUGCAGGUGACGGGCCUGGUUGGGGACCAGGAGGAGGAGCUGGAGCUGUGCAGCAUAGUUUGCCUCAGCCGGAAGGCCACCCAGUGGCUCUGCGCCCUGGAGCAGCGCAUGAAAGAGACCGUCUUUCAGCAGAUGCAGCAGUGUGUGGCCCAGCGCCUGGCACUGCGGCCCCAGCUGGAUGUGGCCUUCCAGCAUCGCCCUGGCCCCACCGAGCUGCCCCUCCACAUGGUGGUGGAGGGCUGGGCCACGCUGUGUCGCACCUUCCCCAACCAAUGUGUGGUGCUAGCCGAGGAGGCCGUGUGGCGCGCCACCCUGGAGGAGGCCCUCUCAAAUCACUGCUGCCAGCCAGAGCUGGAGCUCAAGCUAAACCUGAAGCUGGAAGCCCUGGCCCACUACGUCCGCAACUUCCGCAACCUGCGCCCCUGCCGGCCCGGCAGUGAGCAGCUGGGUCUGCUGCUGGAAGUGCUGAUCACCCUGACGGUGCAGCAGCGCGACACCCUUGCGCGGCUGCUCAAGUGCCAGGUGAGCUCCCCGCAAGCCUUUGAGUGGGCCCGGCUCCUCAAGUACCACGUGGCCCUGAGUCCCGAGUGCGCCCAGAGGGCGGGGCUCCCUGCUGGCAGCCCCUGGGUGGGCAGCCCCCCUGGCUGCUGGGCAGAGGCCCUUGACCGCCGCUUCCGCUAUGACUAUGAGUACCUGGGGCCCUGCCUGCACCUCCUGGGGAGCCCCUCGCUGGACAAGACCUUCCUGGGGCUGCUCUUGGCGCUGGACGACUUCCGCUGUGGAGGCCUGCUGGGCCACCCGGACGUGGGCAAGUCCCACACGGUGCGGGGCCUGGCCGAGGCUCUGGGUCGCCAGCUGGUCACCCUGCACUGCACCCUGCAGAUGUCGGUGGGCUGCCUCUCACGCUACCUUUGCGGGGCGGUGCAUGCUGGCGCACUGCUGCUGCUGGAAGCGGCGGAGCGGUUGGAGGCAGCGGUGCUCUCGGCCUUCAGCCAGCGUUUGGUUGACCUGCAGCGGAUGUGCCAGAGCCUGCAAGGGGGCCGUGGAGCCACAGCAGGGGUGUCCUCGGGUGGGGGCUCCCCCCAUUCCAGCCAGAGCUCCCAGAGCUCCGAGAGCUCUGAGGGUGAGUUGCAGCCUGCCAUCCCAGUGCUGGAGCUGGGCACCGAUGAGGCCGAGCCCUACCAGCCCCGUGUCCUGGGCAACAUCCUCUUUGGGGGGCGGCUGCUGCGGGUGCGGGAGACCUAUGGCUGCGUCAUCACCCUGGAGCGCCUCCCAGAGGCCCUGUGCCUGGCCAUGCGCCCCCUGGCCAUGCUGCCCCCUGACCUCACCCAGCUGGCAGAGGUCACCCUGCUGGCCGCUGGCUUCCGGGAGGCUACCCGUCUCGCAGAGAAGCUGAACCACUUUCUGCGCCUGGAGGGGGAGCUGAACCCGAAACCCCACCUGGGCUCUUGCAGCCUCGUCCGGGAGGUGGUCAGGGUGGCGGUCAGCAUCCUGUUCAGCCGUCCAGCCGGGCAGGGCUCCCUGACGCUCAAGUCCCGGCCCUCAGGCAGGGCCGCAUUCUUCCAGGGCCUGGAGGAGCAGCCGGCCAUGGUCAAAGCGCUGUGCCUCUCCUCGCUGCUCAGCGGCCCGGAGUGCCCACGACUCCAGAACACGCAGGACUUGCUGCGCGAGGUCUUUCCGGGAGCCCCCCUGCAGGCUUUUGAGUCGCGGGUGCCCUACCGCCUCCAGAGUGCCUUGGUGGCCCAGCUGCACGAAGACAAGCUGCAGCCCGAGCAGGAGCUCCUGAGCAUAGCCGGUCAGCUCUUCCAGGCCCUGCUGGGGGCCCCAGGCGUCCUUCUGCUGGGGCCUGCGGGGGGCGGCAAGACCACCAUGUGGCGCACCCUGGCCAAGGCACUGAGCCGCCUGGCAGCCAGCGAUGCUGCACCAGGGGCCCACAUGGCUGAGGUCAGCCCCAGCAGCCUCUUCCAGCCGACCAGCACCGUCUGCCUGUGGCCGAACUGCCUGAGUGUAGCUGAGUUUGUGGGGAGCCUGGAGGGCAGCAUAUGGCAGGAUGGGGUCCUCUCCCGGGUUCUGCAGAGAGCGGCCACCUCCACCCUGGCACACAGGACUGGUGAGGGGAGCUCCCAGGAGUGGCUGGUGCUGGAUGGGGCAGCCUGUGCAGAGUGGCUGGAGCCCAUCUCCUCCCUCUUCAGUGCCAGACCUUCCCUCAGUCUGCCAAAUGGGCAGAAGCUGCAGAUCCCCAAGAAUGUCAAGUUCCUCUUUGAAAUGCCCAGCACCUCCAACGUGCCCCCCUCCGUCUGCACCCACUACUCCCUGCUGUACUGCGGGGGGGCCAGCCUGUGGCGGGGGCUGCUGGCCUCGGGCCUGGCCCCUGUGUACCGCAUGUACAGCCUGACCCAGGAGAGCCUGGCCAUGCUGCGCAGCCUGGCCGAGGAGCUCUUCCCCGCGACGCUGGCCUUCCUGCGGGAGCACUGCUGCUCGGUGCUGCUCCCCCACACCCACCCCCAGGACCCCGUGGCCCAGGGCGUCCAGGAGACAACCACCUUCCUGAGGCUCCUCCUUGCCCUGCUGGAGCAACACCUGCGCCGGGACCGGGUCAAGCACCUGCCUCCUCCUCCUCCUCCUGCUGCCACUCAGGAGUCGACAGAUGCCAAGGGCAUCGUCUUGGACAGCCGCACUGCCUCCUUGUCCCGUAGUCUGGACGACACCGUCCCUGCCCACCACCACUUGCUGGCCCAGAGCAUCUUUGUUUUUGCCUACAUCUGGGGCUUCGGAGGCCACCUACACCCCAGGCACUGGCCUCUCUUUGAGCACUUUGCCCGCCAGGCCCUGCACAGGAGCCAGUUCUCCAUCAAGCUCCCCACUGGGCCUUCCGCCUUCGACCUCUGCCCCCUGGCAGCGGAUGGCACCCUGGAAUCCUUUAACGGGUCCUAUCUAUCCAACCGUGUCAAGGUCCUCCCAGUCACCUUCUCUGUCCUGCAGCCCCAGCAUGAGCGGGCGCUCUUUGUGGUGGACCUGCUCCUGAGCAGCGAGCGUCCAGUCCUGCUGGUUGGGGAGCCGGGCUGCGGGAAGUCCUCCUUUGCAGAGAUGCUGGUGCAACCGAACCACAGCUACCACCGGGUCUGCCUCACCCCUGCACUUAGACCAGCCCACCUGCGCCACCUGCUGCACAAGCGCUUCCUCAGCCUGGCGCGAGACAAGGGCAAGCCCGGGCGCGGGGCAGCUGCCAAGGGACGCUGCCUCUUCCUGGUGGAGGACCUGCACUUGGCCUUUGUGGAUUCAGCCCGGGGCUCGAGCCCUGUGGUGGAGUCCCUGCGCCAGGCUCUGAGCUACCAGCAGUUCUACCACGGAGAGACCCUGGAGGUGCAGCACUGCCCGGCCACCGGCUUCAACUGCUUUGGCACACUCUCCGUGCCCAUGACAGGUGCCCUGCCCCUCUGCCCUCGCUUUGGCAGGCUCUUCAGCACUGUGGUGUUGCCGCUCAUGACCAGAUCCUCCCUGCUGGGCCUGUAUGUGGAGCCUGUUCUGUGCUGGCUGGAGAAGUUCCCCCUGCUGACCCGGCAAAAUGACUUGGCCUUGGCACUGGUCAGGGCCACCAUCAAUGCCUAUGAGACGGCCAAGAGCUUGUUCCCGCCCUCUCCCGCCUGCUGCCUCUUCCACUUCUCGCUGCACGACAUCCAGAAGGUGUUCAAGGGGCUGUUCCUGCUGCGGCCUCGCCCAGGCAUCCACCUCAGCAGUCCCCUGGAGGAACAGAACUUCAAGCAGGCGUCCAGCCGGCGCACCUCUGGGGUGACCAAGAUGACCAUGGGGGCGGGCUAUACUGCCCUCCUCAGCACCCGACUGGUCGUCCGCCUCUGGAUACACGAGUGUCUGUGCGUCUUCUGUGACCCACUGCAGAGGGAGCAGCAGCGGGAGCUCUGCGAGCAGAUGCUGAUGGACGUCGCCAUAACCGUCUUCUGUGCCAAGCACAAUGUCAUUCGGGUGGCGCAGAGGACCUGGUCCUCCAGCCCCCCCAGGGACCAGGACCACCACCCGCCCAGCAGAGCUGGCAUUGCCUUCAACUUGCCCAGCAGGAGCUUCAGCAACAGCCUUGAUGCAGAAUGGGCAGCGGAGGAGGAGCCAGAAGAAGAGAAGCCCCUCUUCCCUUGGAGUGGUGAGGUGGGCUGCCCUGACCCCUGGGACCCAGUGGAGCAGGCAGCAGCGCUGGCCUUGGACCGCCCAGACCCUGGAGAAGGCCUGGCUGUUUUGGAGCUAGAGAGCGAGACCACAGAGGCGGAAACCGCAGAGGAAGCUGCAAGGAAGCAGACCCCUACCUCCCAGGGCCGGUCCCCACGUGACCGGCGCCGGGCAUCCCCCAGCCGGCUUCACCUCCACAAGGCCAGGCGCCAUGGCUCUCCCAAGAAGGAGAGCACCGGCCCCCUGCUGCCCUCCCACCUCCUGCUGCAGCCAGGUGAGGAGCUCCGGGACGUCGUCUUCAGCAAGGACCUGGGCCCCGACUCCUACAGCCCCAACACCCACAACCCUUACCAAGAGAAGCUCUGGAAGACCCUGGAGAAGCAGCUGAAGCCCUUGCUGCCCCCAAACUUCCUGCUGUGCUUGGAGGCGCUGAAGCACAUAGUGCGCCUGAGCCGGCUCUUCUGCGGCCCUGACCGGCAUGGGGCCAUUGUCUCCUUUGCCCGCUGCACAGGGCGGAGGACCCUCGUGGCUCUGGCGGCUCGUGCCACCGCCUCGCUGCUCAUGGAGAUACCUGCCAAAGAGGAUGAGGCAGGGGCCCUGGCCUUGCUGCGAUUGGCCAGUUGGCAAGCAGGCAUCAUGGGCAAGCGAGUGCUGCUGCUGGUGCACGCCGGCAUAAGCCUGGCCAACUUGCACCUGCUACUGGCCCUGAUGGCCGAGGGCACGUGCCCUGGCCUCUACAGCCCAGAAGACACCAUGGCUGUCAUCCAGGCCCUGCUGCAGGAGAACCAGAACAUCAAGCGGAGCAUGCGAGAGGAGCUCAUUCUGCAAAGAUUCUUCCAGUUUGUGCGUGCCAACCUGCAUGUGGUGCUGCUGCUGGGGGGUGCUGGCUCCUUGGCACUGCCGCCCAUCACAGCCACAGCCCUGGCCCAAGUGCUCAGCAGCCUGGAGGUCUAUCAGCCAUGGAGCCAUGAGUCCUUGGUGGCAGUGGCCUCCAAGCACCUCAUGUACCACCAGAAGACUUCAACCAAGCUCACUCGAGGGCUGACGUCGGUACAUGAGCUCAAGGACUUGAUGCAUAGCACGGCCAAGGCUGCCUCCCAGAUCCAUUGCUGUACCAUGGCAUACAUGACUUCCCUGGCUGCCCACCUCCCCCUCAUCAGCCCCAAGACUUUCCUGGACUUCCUUGACACCUUCCUACUGCUGUUGAGCAGUCUGCAGGAGAAGAAUACCAAGCAGCUGGAUCGGAUGAAGAUGGCCCUGCACAAGAUGGGAGAAGUGAGCAAGAAGCAGCAGGAGCACACACGGGACGUGCGCUUCCUGCAGCAGAAGCUGGUGAAGAUCAAGGAGCAAGUGAUCUGCAGUCAGCGGGAGGUGGAGCGGGAGCAGGAGGUGCUGAAGCAGCAGGAGAAGGAGUGUGAGCUGUAUGAAGCGCGUAUCGAUGCUCUUACCAAGGAGCGGGAUGCUCUGGAGAAGGGGAGGGAGCUGGCCAUGAGGAAGGUGAACAAGGACUACAAGGAGGCCCUGGCCAUGCUGCGGGUGCAGGACAUUGAGGAGCUGCGCAGCUAUCGCCAGCCGCCAGAGACUGUGGUCAUGGUGACGGACAUCCUCUGCCUGAUAUUUGAGCAGGAGCCGGGCUGGGAGAAUGCAAAGCUGCUCCUCAACAGGGACAACUUCUAUGAGGAUCUUGUCUUCUACCCCAAGGACAGCCUCACCACAGAGCUCUUUGAGGCCCUGGGCCGGGCUGUGACUCACGAGCGCAUCUCUGAGAACAGCAUAUCCAGCGCCAGCCAGGCUGCUGCCGCCCUCUUCCAGUGGAUCUCGGCCACCUACUGGUACCACUGGGCCCUGCUCGACUGGCAGCCGACCAUCGCACGGCUAAAGUACUGCGACGCCCAGAUCAACGCAGAGAAGGUGGAGCUGGGUGACCGGCGCGUGCACUCGGAAUACCUGAGAGAUGCCACCCAGCUGCGCAUCAAGGAGCUGAAGCAGAAGCAGGAGCGCCAGGAGAAGCUGAUGCACCAGCUCACCCACUCCCUGCAGGCCAAAGAGGAGGCCACCACCGUCGAGAGCUCCGUGGCCGAGCACAUGGCCAGCUGGACAACUGUCACAAGGAACCUGGAAUCCCAGCGCACUACUGUCUAUGGCGAUGCCCUCCUCUCCGCAGCCAGCCUCUCCUACCUGGGCCCAUUCCCUCCGCAGCGGCGGGAGGAGCUGCUGGAGAAGUGGCAGGCGGUGUGUGCCGGGGCCUGGGGCCCCCUCGGGCCGGACGACGUGAGGCGGCUCCUGCAGAAGGAGCUGCCCUGCCCUGGCCCAGCCUCCCACAGCGAUCUGCUGCUGGCUGUGCAACAGCCCCUGCAUCUGGCGUCCCUGCUCAGCUCUCCUCCAGAGCAGCGGCUCUGGGAUCGAGUCCACAAGCCCAAGGUCCCCAGCAGCCGCCUGGUCGGCAUGAUCCUGCUCUCCAGCACCCACACGCAGGCUCACCGCUGGCCUCUGCUGGUGGACCCCGACAAGCAGGCCUCUCUCUGGCUGCUGACAUCCAGAGCUAUGGAAGAGGCGGAUUCUCAGGUCUAUGCCAUCUCUGACCUGGUGCCAGACAUGGUGGAGCAGGGCAGCUCCAUAGAGAUCGCGGAAGACAACCUGGAGGUCCUGUCGCUCACAGACCCAGACCUGGAGCAGAACCUCUGCAAAGCAGCCAGCCUUGGCACCCCUGUGCUGCUGACGGACUUUGAAAAGAACGUCCCCUGGUGCCCAGUCCUUGAGGAGCUGAUGCAGAAGGAAUCGUUUGGCGGUGCCCUCCACUCAAAGUCAAUGGAGGACCUGGCGCAGGUGCCCCCCUGCUUCUGCCUCUACCUGUGCACUGAGCUGCCUCUGGAGGCUUUGGCUGCAGAGGUGGACCACGAGCUGCUCAAGAGCCUGAACGUGAUUGACCUCAGCCUCAGCCAGGAGGCGCUGGAGGAGCUGCUGCUGGUGGAGGUCCUGCGGACCGAGCGGAAGGAGAUCCUGAAGAACCAGCAGGCCUUGCAGUUUGGGAUCCUGCAGCUGGAGGGGAAGCUGGAGGCCACGGAGGAGGAGCUGGUGGCCCUGAUUGCCCAGCCGCAGCGCUCUCUGCUGGAGGAGGAGAACUUCAUGCCGAUGGUGCGGCUGCUGCAGACGCAGAUCCAGGCCCUGCACGCCACCCACCAGCACAUGGUCUCCCAGCACCAGGACCAGGCGGCCCUGUGCAACAAGUACCGGAUGGUGCCCCGCCUGGGCGUGGCCCUGCACCUGGCCCUGCAGCAGGUCUGCCGCCUCCACCCCUCCUACAGCUUCCCCAGCAGCGCCUGCAUGGCCCGCGUGCGCCAGGCGCUGCUCUCCACCAAGCGCCAGGAGACCACCAAGCAGGAGUCGCUGGAGUCGCGCCUCCUGGAGCUCAGCAAGGCCAUGCUCCGCCACUGCCUCACCGAGGCGGUGCCCUGCCUGCGGGAGAUGGACCGCCUCCUCUACCUCUUCCUGGGGGCCGUGGCCACGCUGAAGGUCUCUGGGGAGAUCACCCCGCUGGAGUGGCUGGCCUUCUGCCAGGGCCUGCAGGAGCCGGCGGCCAAGGAGCUCCUGCAGCCGCCGGCCGGGGGGCCUUGCCCCAGCUGGGUGAGCGCGGAGGCCUGGGAGGAGUGCGGCUUGCUGGAGAACGUUCCUGGGUUCCAGGGGCUGCAGGCCUCCCUGGCUGGGCAGGCCGCCCAGUGGCAGGAGUACUUCCGCCUGCGCUCCACCAUGGUGGGGCUGGCCCUGUGUCCCAGCCACGCCCACCUCAGGCCUUUCCAGCGCGCCAUCCUGUGGCGCAUCUUGUGUCCCUCUGCCAUGAGCAGCGUGGUCUCGGCCCUCACCACCUGCUCGCUGGGCUGGUCUCUCACCGAGGAAAUGGCCAUCACCUACCCGUACUCCUACAGCCGGGCCAACAAGCCCAUCAUCUUCCACACGCCCUCGGCCAGCUCUCCAGGCUGCUUCAUGCACCCGCUCCUCUGGAUCCAGCAGAUGGCCACCCAGCGGGGACGAGGGGGAAGUGUGGCAGUCAUCUCCUUUGGCACCCCAGAUGCCUGCAAGCGGGUUUGGCGGACGCUGCCCAUCUGCAGCAAGAGAGGCAAGUGGCUGGUCCUGACCAACUGCCACCUCCAGGAGCACUGGGACCCCGACUUGCUGCAGCUGCUGGACCAGUUGGUGAAAUCCUCAGGCAAGGUCCCAGGGGGAGGCCUUGAGAUCCACACCAAGUUCCGCCUGUGGCUCAUCACUGCAGCCGACGCCCCUCGUUCCAUGCCAGAACUCCUGAAGCGCAGUUCCACCUCCCUCUUCUGCGAUAUGCCACUGGAGCUGAAGGGCAUCCUGGCACGCAGCCACUACUGGCUGCAGGGGCGAACCCAGAACCUCGACACAGAGCAGCGGCUGCCCCUCCUCGCCCUCUACGGGGUCCUGCUCUACAGGCAGACCUAUGCCCAGUGGACCCAGGCAGAGACAUACCUGUGGAGCCACGGGGAAGUGUUGGCCGGGCUCAGAACACAGGAGAGGCUGAGCUGCCUAACAGACGGAGCCCAGGAAGCCCUGCAGGAGCUGGCCGGUAUGGAAACAGGGCUGAGUGAGGGAUUCAAGGGGACAGCCUGCAAGAGCCAAGGCCUUGAAGGCCCCCUCCGAAACACGGCUGGCUCUUCUGCCUCUGCAGGGACCAUGCUCUAUGGGGGCCACAUCCUGGACAGCGGUGAUGCCCAAGUGGUGCAGAGCCUGUGCCAGGCCUGCUUGGCUCCUGCCUCCCCCCUGCAGCCAGCCUCCAGACUCCAGCAGCUCGUGGCCACAGUCGUCGGCUGCCCCAACCCAGGGAACACGGAUGAGGAGGCGGCCGCCGCCACCCAGGCCGGCAUCGAGCAGCUGCCCAGCCCCAUGGAGCCUGCCGGGAUCGGCCUGUGCAGCGCGCUGCAGCAGCGGAUGCUGGCGGAGCGGAGCCAGGCCUUGCUGGUGGCCUUGCAGGCCUCCCAGGGCCUGUGGCAGCCCCGCCGGGCCCCCUGCCGCCCGCACACAGGUGCCCUGGAGCAGCUGCUGCGGGACGGGAUCCGGCUGGUGCAGGAGCUGCAGGAGCAGCUGAGCGAGUGCGGCUGGGAGGUGGGCUGGAAGGGGUGCCCCCCGCAAGGGCAGGCCCGCCCCCGGCCGCGCCCCCUGCAGCGCUUCCUGCUGGAGGAGGCGGGCAUCCUCCUGGCCCUGCUGAAGCAGGUGGGCCGCGACCUCUGCUGCGCCCAGGAGCGCCUGCAGGGGGAGCCCUGCUCCUCCCGCCGCUGCAGCACCAUCCUCUACCACCUGAAGCAGGGCCGCCUGCCCAGCCCCUGGCUGCCCUACGCCCUCACUGGCCCCCAGGCCCCCCCGGCCUGGCUGCAGGCGCUCAAGCAGCGGACCCAGCUCCUGUGCAGCUACCUGGGCUCCAUCAGCGGGCCCCUCGUGGCCCACUACCAGCUGGCCGCCUUCCACCAGCCCCGCCGCCUCCUCCUGGCCGUGCUGCAAGAGAGGGCUCGCGUCGAGAGGCAGGAGCUCCACCGCUACCAGCUGCACCAGCAGGUCCUUCCCAGUGGGCCACCCCCCACCAGCGCCCCCGAGAAAGGCAUCUAUCUGAGCGGGCUGGAGCUGCGCCAUGCCUUCUGGAAGGCCCACACUGGGCUGCUGCAGGAGAGCCGCACGGCUGAGCCCUGCCCGCUGCCCACCAUCUGGAUCCAGGCCGCCCGCCUGACCUGGGACAUGGCCUCCGCUGGCACCACCCCCAAGCUCCCAGCCAACAAGUUCCUGUGCCCCGUCUACCUGGGGGUCCCCGAGGUCCCUGUGGCGCUGGGCAGCCAGCACGUCAUCCUGCACCUGAGCCUGCCUUCCAAGAUGGCCCCUGAGCUGUGCCUCCAGCAGCGUGUCCACGCCGUCAGCCUCCUGCGCUGGGAGGGGGACAGCAGCACGGGGCAAAGGCAGCGCCCUGCCCCCUCACCCAGAGCCCCCUCCCCAGCACAGCCCCCGCCCCCCUCCCAGGCUUAACCCACAUGACACAGAG